AUGCCCGUUAGCGGUCUCGCUAUGGAGAGAAGCUCACCAACUAGACUCUUUGCUGUUCCAGGCAGCCUAGCGGUCAUAUUAGCGCUCGCAUUUGAUCCAUUUAACCAGAGUUUGGUUCACAAUUAUCCCAAACUGGUUGCCGAUCGCGCACAAAAUGCCAUUCUGUCGAUGAGCUCUGAAUAUGCGGCCACCGGGAUACCGACAGGUGCCUCCAACUUCAUUGAACCGGAAAUAAAAGCCAACGUCUAUAGUGCGAUAUUGAGCAGCGACUCCUCAAAGCCAUGGUCUAUUCCGCGGUUCACCUGUAGCUCAGGAAACCGCACCUGGGAUCCUAUUGCCACAAUAGCGAUGAGCUGGGGCUAG